AUUAUCCAUCCACCCAUUCAUCCAUUGUGAUUUUGGUGACGCUAAUGGCUGAAGGCUCCACUACGCGUUCUACACCUCGGAGUUGGGCGAGAGGAACCUAUCCGUAUUCGGCGAUGUCGGAAUACAAGCCGUGAUGUUGUAAUCGGCACGGCAAUUUUCCUUAGCCUUCCUGAUACUCCGACGUCUACUCAUCCCCCACACAGUUGGUGAUACGUGUGUCAUCGAUCGUUUCGCCGUCCAAGUCGAUUGCUUCGAGUGGCUUAAGCCUCAUAUGUUCUUGUAAGAUGCCUGCCGUUCGAAUCGCACCCACGCGGGCAGUCCGGGCACGCAACCUUCUCCGGACGGUUCAGAAUCACCCACCGUCAUGUCCCUGCCAUUCCAAUCCCACCUAUCACCAGACUCAAUCGUCUCCUCACUUCCACCGGCACCGACCACGACCGCGAUCCAAUGGCCUUGCUCAAGGUCUCCGCCGCCUUGCAACGCCCUCGCCUCUCCCCGACUAUGCUUUCGAGCUCGCGGCGUCGUCGAUCCGCUUCGGGCCGGGGUCGACGGCGGAGGUAGGGAUGGACGUUGUGAACAUGGGUGCUGAACGUGUAAUGCUUGUGACGGACCCAGGAGUCGCGAAGUUACCGGUAAUGGAGAACGUGAGGAAGGCCCUCGCACAGCAGGGCGUGAAGUGGGAGGAGUACACAACGUGUCGAGUGGAGCCGAAGGAGGCAUCGGUGAAGGACGCCAUUGCUGCCGCGAAGCCGUACAACCCGGAUCUCUUUAUUGCGGUGGGAGGAGGAUCAGCCAUGGACACAACCAAGAUGAUGAACUUGUACACGUGUAAUCCAGAUGCCGAUCUCCUUGACUUUGUCAAUGCUCCUGUAGGCAAAGGGCUGCCGAUCCGCGGUAAAUUGCGGCCUUUGAUUGCGAUCCCUACCACCGCAGGGACAGGAUCCGAAACCACCGGUACCGCGAUCUUCGAUCUCACCUCUCACCAGACGAAAACUGGAGUCGCCCAUCGGGCGAUGAAGCCGACAUUGGGCAUUUGCGAUCCGGAGAACACGCGUACUAUGCCAUCUGCAGUCGCCUGUAGCUCUGGACUCGAUGUUCUCUGCCACUCGCUAGAGUCUUGGACGGCAAUUCCGUAUCAGCAACGGAGGCCGCGUCCCACCAAUCCAAUUGAGCGACCGGCGUACCAGGGUGCCAACCCGAUCAGCGAUAUAUUCAGCUUGCAAGCGCUGAAGUCGGUCAUCAAGUACCUGCCGCGGGCUGUGGCUGAUCCGGACGACUAUGAGGCACAGGAGCAGAUGCUUCUUGCUGCGACAUUAGCUGGUGUGGGGUUCGGAAAUGCGGGCGUGCAUCUCUGCCAUGGUAUGAGUUAUCCCAUCAGCGGCAUGAAUCGCAGUUAUAUGCACAACGGGUAUGAUGUGUCGACACCAUUGAUCCCGCAUGGUGUUUCAGUGGCAGUGACUGCCCCGGCAGUCUUCCGUUUCACAGGUCCGAGCAAUCCAGACCGACAUCUUGCUGCAGCCGAGUGCUUUGGAGUUGAUAUAAGCAAUGUCAAACAGGAGAAUGCCGGCGAGGUGCUCUCGGAGGCACUGAAGGAGUUCCUAGUUAAGCUGGGGGAUCAACCACGUGGCCUGAAGCAGGUGGGAUACACGAGGUCGGACAUUGACGUAUUGGUGGAAGGGACACUGCCUCAACGACGAGUUUUGAUGUUGGCUCCGGGUUUGUCGGGGGUGCAAGAAGAGGAUAAGGAAACAUUAACUGCAUUGUUCGAGGAGGCGAUGGAGUACUAAAAUGGUGGUUCCCCUCUACAGGGCUGUACAUAUGGCUAUAUUGGUUUCCUUGUGCUGGGCCACUGAAUCCCGGUGGGUAAUAUAACUACGGUAGUUGCAACUAUAAUUGGACGUUUCUCCACGACACCACCCG